AUGAGCGACCUCCAGCGAGCUUGGGCAAAAUCCAAGCUUGGGCUUGCUCCCGAGCCCUUUGAGGAGCUGGACGAGGCUGAGGAAGACCAGGUGCCGGAGCUGCCAGAGGGACUGGACGACGACUCGUCCUCGGCCUCUUCGGUCUCCUCCACGGGAACGAUUAUCCCGACGCCGAGCCAGAAGCUCUUUGCUCGCCCCCAAGGCGUAGCGAGGGGCCGGACGCUGGAGCAGAUUCCCUGGACAACCUACUUUGAACGAGAGCUGUUUCUCAAGUCGGAUACAAACCCGGAGGUGACUUACCAUGUAUACCUCAACUCGCCAGUGGAUAAGGGGCCAUUGUACGUGAUGCAUCAUGGUGCUGGAUCUUCGGGGUUGUCUUUUGCUCUGGUAGGCUCUGAGAUACGGAAACGACUGCCGAAUGCUGGCAUACUGGCAGUCGACUGCAGAGGCCACGGCUCUACUACUGCGCCUGAUGGUGCGGCUCUGGAUUUGAGACUUGAUACGCUAUCAUCGGAUCUGUUGGCCAUGGUGGAGGCAACAAAAACACAAAUGAGCUGGCCAGAGCUGCCCCCAAUCGUCCUCGUGGGCCACUCAUUGGGCGGCGCUGUUGUCACCGACCUGGCCAUGUCUGGGAAACUAGGCACCUCCCUCCUAGCAUAUGCGGUCCUAGAUGUCGUCGAGGGCUCUGCAAUGGAUGCACUCCAGAGCAUGCAGACGUACCUGUCCACGCGACCAGGGGGGUUUGCAACUGUCGAGUCGGGCAUUGACUGGCACAUCAGGACUCGGACUAUUAGAAACUCAGUUUCUGCUAGAGCCUCGGUGCCAGCCCUACUGGUCUGGGAUGAGAGCAAAGAUGUAUCUCGCCCCUGGAGAUGGAGGACAAAUCUUGCGGCUACGCAGCCGUUUUGGGAAGAUUGGUUCGUAGACACUGAGUUGACAAUUGGGCAGAUGCAAGGAAAAUAUGCUCUCCAAGUAUUCCCCGAUGCUGGGCAUUUCAUUCACGAAGAUAAACCAGAGCAGACAGCCAUCUCUCUGGUCGACUUCUAUCGGCGAAAUGACAGGAGUGCGUUGGUCCUGCCACCAAAGGUCUCUGAGCUCCUGAGACAGGGCAAGAAAGUAUAA